CUCUCCUCGGCUUCCAUAGACAGCGUGGAUGUCAAUGACAUUCACCUACUGAGCUUUUUUGUAUAAGUACUCACGCGUGGAUACUAGUAAGAUGUCAUUAAGCUUUUUAUUCAGGUCUCUCAGUAAAGAUGUGGCAAAGGUCAGCAGUCACACUUUGCACUCAGCAUGCCAUCCUCUUCUGGCGGCUGACAAGAGCCUCCUGGUCAAAUUGAGAAAAAGCACUGGGUACACCUUUAUAAACUGCAAGAAAGCGCUGGAGACGUUUGACAAUGACAUAGCACAGGCGGAGGCUUGGCUGCACGAACAGGCGCAGAAGGAAGGCUGGAGCAAAGCAAACAAGCUGGAGGGUCGCAAAGCCAAGGAGGGCCUCAUUGGUGUCUUUGUGAGAGAUCAAGUUGCCGUCAUGGUGGAGGUCAACUGCGAGACAGACUUUGUUGCCCGCAAUGAGAAGUUCCAGCAGCUGGUGAAAGAUGUCACCUUCUCCACCUUAGCUCACCACCAAAAUAAAAGCCAAAGUCACACAGGAUACAUGAAGAGUCUCCUGGUGUCCGAGGAACUGAGCAAACUGAACGUGUCGGAUGGAGCCACCCUUGCUGAUCAGGUGGCUUUAAGCAUAGGUCGCCUGGGUGAGAACAUGUCAGUGAGGCGGGCAGUGACCGUAAGCGUCCCCACUGAAUGGAACAUUGGCUCAUACGUUCAUGGCGGAGUGGCGGGCCAGACCGAGGUGGCCAUGGGACGCUACGGCGCACUGGUUGUGUUCCAGGGCGGACAAGAAGAAGAACAGCAAAGUUUGGGUCGCAAACUGGGACAGCACAUUGUGGGAGAGGCGCCCUCGUCCCUUGGGAACAUGGAUGACCUGCCGUGCGGUGAAAGCGAGACGCGCCUCCUGCCUCAGACCUUCCUGGGAGACCCCAGCAGGACUGUGGCCCAGUUUCUCAAAGGUCAGCAGGCCCGAGUGCUGGACUUUGUCAGGUUUCACUGUGGGGAGAGCGCUGGUGAGGAAACAAAGUGAUGAAAUAGUUUUCAUGUCACAAUGAAAUGCUCAUUUCUUUUUUAAUAAUCUAUUACAAAAUCCAGUCUUAUGUAAAAUGCAUUUAAUUUGGAUGGAUGGAUGGAUGGAUGGAUGGAUGGAUGGAUAUUAAUGACGAUAUAUAAUGACGAAACAACAAGCUACUUGCCCAGUACAUUCAAAAAUAAGAGAAAACCAAAAUUAGUUUUCCACAUACUUUUAUUUUUUUUCCCCUUAACAUUGUGGAAUUAAAACUUCUUCAGAUUUUAGAAUCCAAACUGCCAGAUUGAUCACGCAUUGAAGACAAGAGUCACUGAGGACAUUUUGGAAUGAUCAAUGCAAGAGCUGCUUCCUUCAGUCGAGUGAAAACAUAUAGGAACUGAACAAACACAUUCUGUAAACACUGUUUUUCUUAUCACAAUGUCAACGCGAUGGAGUCAUAACACAGACGUCGGUAACUUUACUCACAGCGCUGGUGAGAUGUGAAAUACUGACAAAACAUGAGUUACACUUUAAGACGCACACACACACACACACCCACACACACACAAUGGUACUGGAAAUAAAACUGCAUGGUUGUAAGAAAGUUUACAGAUUUUCAAGGCAUGCCUUCACACACGUCCUCACAAUCACACAAAGGUUAGUUAGAGGCUACAAAGGUAACAAUACUCCGUUACAAUGUCGAUAUCAAAGAAAUACGAUGGAAAAACAGUAAAAAAUAUAAAAUUCGAUUGGAUAAAAAGUGAGGAUAUUGUUGCAGAUAUCAAAGCACACAAUUCUUCUUUUGUCUUUUUUUUUUUUUCUUCCUUCAUUUUGUAACUUCAAACGAACCGGUUAAAUCCUCUUCAUUUCCACAAACAACAACAAUAAAACUCACUGAAUAAAUGUGAGAUAAAAUGAUUUAAAAAAACAAAAAAAAAACAUUUUGGUUUAGCAAUAGACACAAAUGUUGAAAAAAUUGCGGUGGCUGCUUCAUUCAUUCCUUUCAGACAGCACUACAGUACAUUCCUCACAAUUCAAAACAUCAUUCUUACUCUCCAAGUGCUGGAACGUUAUUAUUAAAGUACUUAGAAGUUAUUUCCUUGUUGUCAGAAAUAACUGGCGGGGAACGCUGUCAGUAUUUGCAAUCAGUUCUCAUAUACUAUGGGAAUUGUAACAGAAGAUCCGGUUUACAGUACGUUGUUUCAAAUGGCAUCCAGACUAUGUUCAGUCAACAUUUCAGUCUUCACGUAAUUGACACAAGAGUUCCAAUCAAUCCUUCAGAAAAGGCAUUUAAGACCGUAAAAGGGUUACAUAAGUGCUUAAGUUCAAUUUCAUGGAUGCUUCAAGUCUUAAAACGAGACCCAAUGAAAGAUUAAAAGUGCAUUCUUUUUCAUAACAUACUGUAAAUGUCAAUUAGUACCGACGAUGGGACUGAAGAGACAUCGGAAUGAUUCGAGAUUAAAUUAGGACUCUUAAAAAAAGUAAAAGCAACAGGAUGACUCUUCGUUUCCUCCAGCAUAAACAUGUCAAGACCCUCAAAGUUCACCAGAAAUGUCAAACCGUGUAGUGUGUAAACUGGUCAUCUGAAUUUUCUUGAUCCAAAUUAAAAAGCUUGUCUUUCA